AUGCGCAGAUUUCUAGUAUGGCCUUCUGAAAUGAUAUGGCCAUAUAAUCUACCAUACAUCGCAUUUUUACGCACAAUUCACGAAAAAGAACAAUCGCUCGCCUCAAAAUGGUUAAAUAUCAGUCGAAUAAAAUUUUUUAUAAUUGUAUGUACAUGUUCAACAAUUUAUUAUUUUCUUCCUGGGUAUAUAAUGCCCGUAUUAACAGCUUUUUCAUGGUUAUGCUAUAUCAAUCCGAAAAAUGUUCUUCUAUCUCAAUUGACCGGCAAUGGUGGAUUUGGUUUCGGUUCAUUGCAAUUUGACUGGGCUAGUACGGGAAUCGCCUAUCUCGGUUCGCCCAUAUUAUCACCACGUUGGGCGCAGAUGAAUAUACUCGUUGGUUUCAUUUUAUUUAUUUGGAUAUUUAUACCAAUAUUCUAUUAUACAAAUGUGUGGAAUUUCAAAAAUUUACCAAUAUCCAGUCCCCAGUUUUUUUACAAUACCGUCACAGUAAAUUUGACUAAUGGCACAACAAUUGACACACAAUCAGUUAGCUUAACUGCAACAUAUGUGAUUGGUUAUAAUCUUUUUUUUGCAUCGUUAGCAGCUCUCAUUGUUCAUACAAUAUUAUACCAUGGUCAAGAGAUUCUGAAACAAUCUCACACAUCAUUAAAUAAACGUCAGAAUGAUGUUCACUGUACAAUGAUGUCAAAAUAUAACGAAGUUCCUGACUGGGAAUACGGACUUAUCUUUCUGUGCGCAUUUCUAUGCGCAUGUAUCUGUUGUCAUUAUGGUCAGUUUAUGCCCUGGUAUUAUUUGUUUUUAAUUAUACCAUUAACAUUUCUAUCUCUGUUACCAGCCGGCAUCGUAAGAGCUCAAUCCAAUAUUUUUAUCAGUAUAAGUAACAUGUCAUUUAUCCUUGGUGGCUUAUUAUUGCAGAAUGAUCCCAUUGGAAAUACUACAUUCUACAAUUGUAUGUGGUCAAUUCAAGAUCAACCGCUUAGUCUAUUACGGGGUCUAAAAUUUGGUCAUUAUAUGAAAAUAUCACCACGUGCGAUGUUUAGUAUACAAUUGCUAACAACGAUUCUUACUACUAUAGUUAAAUAUUCAAUAUCAAAUCAUCUACUGAAUUCAGUUCCAGGUAUAUGUGAUACUAAUUUGGAUUGGCAGUGCUUAUAUCUUGGACAGUCAGGAAUUCUAUAUAGCCAAGAAGAUCCAUCUGAUGUAUUAGGGAGACGUUCAAUUUAUUCUCCAAUGCUAUGGCUUAUUCUUGUUGGGGCUCUCCUACCAAUUAUAUUUUGGUUAUUGAAACAAAAAUUUCCCCAUGUUCAAUGGUUACAACAUGUACAUAUACCAAUUAUGUUGGCAACAUUUGCCUUGAUCGUUUUCUCAUCAGCGACUGCCUAUUUGACAUCGUGGCUAAUUAUCGGAUUCAUUUUCCAUACACUGAUAAGAAAGUGGUGGUGGGAUCGUUAUGCAUUACUGUUUUCAAUCGCAAUGGAUAUGGGAGUGCAAAUUAGUCUGUUUUUUAUAUUCUUUGUUUUGAAAUAUCGCAAUGUAAGUUUUCCUCAGUGGUGGGGGAUCGGAGGACAAUAUCGCGAUAAUUGUCCUCUGUCACACGCAAACUAUUACGGAAAAUAUCCCGAAUAA